GUAACAAUUGUAUAUAAUUUAAAGCUUGGGUUCUUUAAGAUGUAAAAAGGACAGCAAAAAGCUUUGUUUGGGUCCGGUAGGAUUUAAUACGUGCGCAGUUGUCUCGCGAUUGUUGGAUAGCAAUCGUCGUAGUAAACACUCAAGUAUUUGAAUGUCGGCAGACUGACGACGAGCACUGCUCAAAGAAAAUGAAUCAGACGAAUCUCCCCGUUUCGGAGAUCAUAAAGAGCAAGGAGGUUGACGAGCCUAAGAAACAGUCACGAGAGGACUGGAGGAAGGCAAAAGAGCUUGAAGAGGCCAGGAAGGCUGGCACAGCACCAGCCGCUGUCGAUGAGGAGGGAAAAGACAUCAACCCGCAUAUUCCUCAGUAUAUAUCUUCGGCACCAUGGUACUUUGGGGCAAAAGGACCCACUUUGAAGCACCAGCGCCCGCAGCCCGAGAAGCAGAGGGAAUUCAGUCGAAUAAGCGACUACUAUUCUCGGGGAGAAUUCGAUGCUAGAGCAACCAAGUAUAGAAAAGGUGCCUGCGAAAACUGCGGUGCCCUGACCCACAAGCGGAAGGAUUGCUUAGAGAGGCCUCGAAAAGUUGGUGCUAAGUUUACAAAUGAUGACAUUGCACCUGAUGAAAAAGACCUGCCAGGUUUGAAUUUGGACUAUGAUGGGAAGCGGGAUAGAUGGAAUGGUUUCGACCCUGCCUGCUAUCAGGCUGUUAUAGAAGAAUACAGGAAAGUAGAAGAGGCAAAACGGCAGCUGAAGGAAGACAAGCUGAAGCAUGACAUCUUGAACUUGGAAGGUGUCAGUACACGAGAGAGAGAUGACAGUGAUGAGGAAGUAGAUGGUGAUGAAGACAAGUAUGCAGAUAAUGCAGACAUGCCUGGUACAAAAGUGGACAGCAAGCAGCGCAUCACUGUGCGAAACCUUCGUAUACGUGAAGAUGUUGCAAAGUACCUGAGAAAUCUGGACCCAAACUCUGCCUAUUAUGACCCUAAGACACGGUCCAUGAGGGAUAAUCCGUACAAGAAUUCGAACAAGACUCCAGAAGAGCUGCAUUUUGCUGGUGAUAACUUCGUUCGGUACAGUGGGGACACUCAGAAGAUUGCAGAAGCUCAGUUGUUUGCCUGGCAGGCCUACGAAAAAGGUGUGGAUGUUCACUUGCAAGCAGAACCCACCAAGGCUGAACUGUUGAAUAAGGAAUUCCUUUCAAAGGAGGAGGAGUUCCGUCACUCCAUGAAGGACAGCAUCCUAGAAAAGUAUGGUGGAGCAGAGCACUUACAGGUGCCUCCAAAGGAGCUCAUAUUUGCCCAGACGGAGGACUAUGUUGAGUAUUCGAGGCAUGGUGAAGUGAUUCGUGGUGCUGAGAAGCCUGUCAUUCGGUCCAAGUAUGAGGAACAUGUCCUUAUUAACAACCAUGCGUCUGUCUGGGGAUCCUACUGGAAGGACUUCCAGUGGGGAUACAAGUGCUGUCACUCAUUAAUAAAGAACUCGUACUGCACUGGCGCCAGUGGCAAGGAAGUGCAAGCUAUGGCGGGAGGUGCAAUGCUUUUACCAGCCAAAAUAAUGGGAGCUCCUACUGUCAGCACUGAUGUUGUCCAUGAUGAGAAUGUUGAUGAGAAGGUGGACGAGGAGAAGGCCGACGAGAAGAUCAAGCCACCAGAGGAGAAAAGCAUGCAGCCCGCAUCAGAAGAGCAGCGGAAUGAACCACCGCCUGUACUGCCUGUAACUGGUACUAAGUCCCCAGAAAAGGUAAAGUCGAAGAAAAAGAAGAAGAAAUCCAAGAAGGCCAAGAAACAAAAACGAGUGAAAAGCAGCAGCAGCAGCUCAGACAGUGACGACUCUGACGCCAAGGCAGAGAAAGAAAAGAAAGAAAAGAUUAAGAAGGCCAUGGAGCAAAUUGACAAAGACAACACUCAAGAGACUGAUGAGCGCAAGCGGAAGUACAACAGCAUGUACGAUGUGAAAGCACCAACUGAAGAAGAAAUGGAGGCCUACUACAUGAAACGCAAGAGAGAUGAUGACCCAAUGGCAUCAUUUAUGUCAUGAUCAUUUUUUAUUGCACUCGCUUUCUGUGUCAUCUUAUGACAUGUACAUAUUGUUACAUCUCUAUCCCAGUGCAUAAAUGUUACAUAUGUCAAUAUGUGGUACCCACUUUAUAGUCUAUUAUUGAAUUAAGUCAACUUGAAAAGCAAAAACUCUGCACUCUUUAUAUGUGUAAAUGCAUAUUUUUUUCUACGAUAUGGCAUGGGCAUAAAUUGGCAAAGCCAAAAAGUAGUCUUAACUUUAGCAGAACAUCACAUGCUGUAGUAUGUGUACACCCGUGAAGCAAAAGUAUGCGGACCACGGAUUGCACGACAAAACUCAAUUUCUCCUCUGUCUGCAAAUGCAACUUGAAGUUAAAGACUGCAGUCUAGACUUGGCAUUACGAACUGUCUAGUGUACUUGUCAGUUUCUCUUUAUGCGUGUUGAUUACGAUUAAAUUCUGUUUUUUUGGCAACCCUGUGGUCCAUAUACUUUUGCUUACGAGUGUACAUGCUGCUUAUGCAAAUAUUAGUCGUUUGUAAUUGUUCUUUCCGUUGCUCACAUCAGAUUUGCUGUUUCCAUUUUUUUAAUAAGUUGGAUGUGUAUACUUUCGAGAUGCUUAUUAAAUACAAAAGCUGUGAUCACAUGCCAGAACUGUAAGAGCAGAGAGUGAAUGAACCAUAACUUUGGAAGUGCUUUCUGCAUUUGGCAUCUGAUUUAUUCUACAUCUGUUAUGUGUAUGUACAUAGUCUAAGGCAAUUCUAAAUAGUAACAAAGCUCAGCUCAUCCAGCUUUUCAUUAUUGUUUGUGUACCAAAUGAGAGAUGCAAAAAUGUCUCCACAUAUAUAUGUGUUAAAUAAACACUGACGAAAGAAA